GCUGAUAUUAUAAUAAAAAAGUUGAAUCCAGAAUUAAAAUUGAUGGAAUAUAACACUACGUUGGCUAUUUGUGACUCUACUAUGGGUAAUGUUAUACAUUCAAUGUUGACAGAAUUUCCAACAAUAAAAGAGGCUAUACGAUGUACAUCAAACUGUCAAACAAAAUUUAAUACACUAGUGUAUUUAACAUAUCAAACGGAAAAUGGCCAUGUACAGAAUUUGCAACAAUAUAUUGAUAAUCGCCAACACAUUAAAAAAUCAAAAUGUACACAAGACGUGUCUGGAAACAUUUGUGAUGGGGUGAAAGAAAUAAUAUCUGAAUUCUCAGAUAUGCAUUUGUUUAUUGAUGUUCUUCAUUGGGAAGGAGAAAAUGUGAUUUCUAAAGACCGCAGCUCUGAAGCAGCAGCUCAGGUGAAAGAAAAGUUAUGUGAUAUUCCACAAAUUUUACAGCAUAACUCAAAAACAUAUGAGCUUAGAGGAGUACUUAGCUUCAAAGCCGGCAAAACUAAAUUGAGAAAUUCAAUUGGGCAUUACUGUGCCUUCGCAAAACGAGGGACAAGCAACUGGGAACAAUUCGAUGACAUGAAAAUAAAAACAAUUCCUGUCAAAGAUACAAAAGUUGUAAAUUGCGAAUUUCUUGUAUACUCAAUAUAA